CCGUGGUGUAUUUUGUCAUUAUGAGAUGUCGUCUCUCGGUGCCUCAUUUGUGCAAAUUAAAUUUGAUGACUUGCAGUUCUUUGAAAACUGUGGCGGAGGGAGUUUUGGGAGUGUGUAUCGAGCCCAAUGGAUAUCUCAAGAAAAAGAGGUGGCUGUGAAGAAGCUACUUAAAAUAGAGAAAGAGGCGGAGAUACUCAGUGUGCUCAGCCACAGAAACAUCAUUCAGUUUUACGGAGCUGUUAUUGAACCCCCCAACUAUGGCAUAGUUACAGAAUAUGCUUCUGCUGGCUCACUGUAUGACUAUAUUAAUAGUAACAGAAGUGAAGAGAUGGAUAUGGAUCAUAUAAUGACCUGGGCAAUGGAUAUAGCUAAAGGAAUGCAUUAUUUGCAUCUGGAGGCUCCGGUCAAAGUAAUACACAGAGAUCUGAAGUCCCGAAAUGUGGUUAUUGCUGGAGAUGGAGUAUUAAAGAUCUGUGACUUUGGUGCCUCAAGGUUCCACUCCCAUACGACACACAUGUCCCUAGUUGGUACCUUUCCUUGGAUGGCUCCAGAAGUUAUCCAGAGUCUUCCGGUGUCAGAGACAUGUGACACCUAUUCAUAUGGUGUGGUUCUCUGGGAGAUGCUAACAAGGGAAGUCCCCUUUAAAGGCUUGGAAGGAUUACAAGUAGCUUGGCUUGUAGUAGAAAAAAACGAGAGACUGACCAUUCCAAGCUGCUGCCCUAGAAGCUUUGCAGAACUGAUGCAUCAGUGUUGGGAAGCAGAUCCGAAGAAAAGGCCCUCAUUCAAGCAGAUCAUUUCAAUCUUGGACUCCAUGUCAAAUGACAGCAACCUUCCAGACCAAUGUAACUCAUUCCUGCAUAACAAGGCGGAGUGGCGAUGUGAAAUAGAGGCCACCUUAGAGAGGCUAAAGAAACUGGAACGUGACCUGAGCUGUAAGGAGCAAGAAUUAAAAGAACGAGAGAGGCGUUUGAGGAUGUGGGAGCAGAAACUAACUGAACAAUCCAACACCCCUUUGCUGCCUUCCUUUGAUAUUGUUGCAUGGACUGAAGAAGACGUGUACUGUUGGAUGCAACAGCUUGUUAAAAAAGGUGAUACGUCUGGUGAGAUGAAUGUAUAUGCCAAUUUGUUUAAAGAACAUCACAUCACAGGCAAACGAUUACUUCUUCUGGAAGAAGAUGAUUUGAAGGACAUGGGGAUUGUUUCUAAAGGCCACAUCAUUCAUUUGAAGACUGCCAUCGAGAAAUUAGCUCAGGAUUUCCUCAAUAUGUUUCACUUUCCACCCCUGAUUAAGGACUCUGCCAGUGAAAACGAGGCAAGUGAGGAGAAAGUAGUAAACCUAGAGCUUGUAUUUGGUUACCAUUUAAAGCCUGGAACUGGGCCUCAGGAUAGUAAAUGGAAAAUGUAUAUGGAGAUGGAUGGAGAUGAGAUUGCAAUAACUUACAUCAGAGAUGUGACAUUCAACACUAACUUGCCUGAUACAGAGGUUUUAAAGAUGACAAAGCCACCUUUUGUGAUGGAAAAAUGGAUUGUAGGAAUAGUCGAAGAUCAGAUGGUGGAAUGUAUUGUUACUUAUGAGAAUGAUGUCAGAACUCCAAAAUCCACCAGACAUAUCCAGCCAGUGCAGUGGUGUGAAACAAAACUUCAGGAUGAGGUGAAGUCAAUACAGCUCAAAAUCCAGACAUCGCUCCCAAAUUCAGAAGUCAAUCCUCAGAGCAGAUCCAAUUCUAGCAUUGACUGUCAGUGGAUGAACUCACUAAGGAUACGUAAGGCAAGCAGCCCUUCUCUCCAGCAUUCUCGCCCUCACAGUCCCAACAACUUACUGCAUUUACCAUAUCUUCAGGAUCAGGACACCUAUGCUGCUGCCGUGAGACGGACCCAGGUUCCCAUAAGCUACCAGAUUACCUCUCUAAACCAGUCAAGAAGCUCAUCUCCGACGCCAUACUUAUCGUCUCUGCAUUUGAAUUCCAAGGGAAGUAGCACUUCCAGCGCAGCUUCCGACAGCCCUUCAGAAAGAGACAGAUCCAAAUCUAGAAACAGGAACCACUAUCAUAGCGGCACACCUCGUAGCGUGUCCACGGGUGGAAGACGUUUUGUAAGAAGUCCAUCAGGGGCUCAAGCAGCAGCAAGGAACAGUGACAAGUUUUACAGGACUUCGCAGUCAACAUUCAAUCCCAUUCAAUUUCCAUCGAGGUCACAUGACCAUAGAAAACAUGGCCACUACCAACAACCGUCCAAGCCCAUACCAGGGAUGCCCUUGAAAACCGAAAGCAAACCUAAAGUAGUAGUAGAAGAAGAAGAAACUAAAGUUAGUGAAGGGGGAUGGACAAAAGUUGAUUAUUCAAAGAAGUCGCAUCGACACGUCGCGGUGGGCAAACAAAAUAAAGAGAAGUCAAAAGGGAUGGGAAGAGGCCCCAAAACACCCCAAUGA